AUGCACCCAGCUCUGGGCCACCCCCGCUCGGUCUCGUCCUCAUCCGGCUCCUUCCCACCGCUCCCAGCUGCCGCCCGGGCGCAGCCCCUCUUCCUCCGGGGGGGUUCCCCCCGUGGCGGGCGAGGCUCGGGCGACAGCAGCACCAGCACCAGCGCCUGUACCAGCCGGGGGGAGAGCAGCGGCAGACGCGGUGGGGGCGGUGGCUCCCCCAGCAGCAGCACCGGUGCGGAGCGGGAGGACGAGGACGAGAGCGUCAGUAUCAGCAAACCGCUGGUUCCGGCCGCCGCCGCCGCCGCCGCCACCGGGGUCCCGAGGCCCCUGGCUCAGGGAGGCGCCCCAAACUCUGACCCCGUAGCGUGCGCUGCUUCCUCCUCCUCGGCCGCCACCCCUUCCUCCACGCCCACCUCCUCCUGCAGCAUGACCGCGGUGGACUUCAGUGGGGGCACUGCCGGGGGCGUCGGGGGCCCUGGGGGCCGCUCGGCUGGGGCUGCGGGUGGCACGGGCCCCCGCAGCAACCCCUCCUGCUGUUCUUGCUGCUGCUGGUGUAGCCGCGCGGUCCCGCCAGACCGCAGAGGUCAGCGCCACAGCUGCUGCUGCGCCCCGGGUCUGGGGUGCCGUUGGGGCUACCAGGCGCUGUCCGUGGUGCUGCUGCUGGCACAGGGAGGGCUGCUGGACUUGUACCUCAUCGCCGUCACUGACCUGUACUGGUGCUCCUGGAUCGCCACUGACCUGGUGGUGGUGGUGGGCUGGGCCAUCUUCUUCGCCAAGAACAGCCGGGGCCGUCGGGGCGGUGAGGCGAGCCACCACCAGCACCACCACCACGCUGCGCCCUCCCUGCACUUGCCGGCCUCCUCGGCGGGGGCUGCGGCCGGGGCCAAGGUGCGCGCGGGCCGCGGGGGCGCUGGAGGUCCAGGCGGCGGCCCAGGCGCGGCCGCGGCGGUGGGCGAGUUCGCCUUCGCCUACCUGGCCUGGCUCAUCUACUCCAUCGCCUUCACGCCCAAGGUGGUGCUCAUCCUGGGCACGUCCAUCCUGGACCUCAUCGAGCUGCGCGCGCCCUUCGGCACCACGGGCUUCCGCCUUACGAUGGCGCUGUCGGUGCCUCUGCUCUACAGCUUGGUGCGGGCCAUCAGCGAGGCGGGCGCUCCCCACGGCUCCACGGGCCCCUUGGUCCUGCAGCCCCAGCAGCACCGCGCUGCCGGCUGCUUCCUAGGCACGUGUCUGGACCUGCUCGACAGCUUCACCCUGGUGGAGCUGAUGCUGGAAGGCCGUGUGCCACUCCCCGCACACCUGCGCUACCUGCUCAUCGCUGUCUACUUCCUCACCCUCUCCUCGCCGGUGCUCUGGCUGUACGAGCUCAACGCCGCAGCCGCAGCCGCAGCCUUGUCCUGGGGCCAGGCUGCGGGGCCGGGCAGCUGCAGCCGCCUUCUGCGCCUGCUGGGCGGCUGCCUGGUGGACGUGCCCUUGCUGGCGCUGCGCUGCCUCCUGGUGGUGAGCUACCAGCAGCCUCUAUCCAUUUUCAUGCUCAAGAACCUCUUCUUCCUCGGAUGCCGCGGCCUGGAAGCCCUAGAAGGCUGUUGGGACCCUGGGAGUCAGGCUUACCCCGGGUGGGCCGCAGGGUGCUACGGCGCCCCGCCCUCUGCCCUGCCAGGUCCGCCACCACCUCAGGGAGGCUCCCAGCGGAGUCACUGUAUCUCGGAAAACGAGGCGGGGGCCCAUGGCUACGUCAACACCCUAGCUGUGGCCUCCCAGAAUUGA